AGGGAGGAGUCCCGCCUGCUCGCUGGCCUCUCAGGCUGCACACUCGCCUGCGAGGAGGAAGGAGGCAGUCAGUGGAGCGGUGUAGUCUUCGACCUCAUCCCGAUAUGAAGCAGCGGAGCAGCUCUUUAUGAACCCAGCGUCCCUUCUCACCGCGCCAUAUCAAGCAGUUUUUUUGUUCUUUGUCGUGAGAAAAGAAAACGUUUGAUGGCAAAUUGGAAGCUUCGGAGGCGCUUCGUGGCUCGAGGAGGCGCUAGCUAACGGUAGCUCGCUAACAAGUUGCUGGCAUGCUGUAUAACUGGCUGCCAAAGACCUCUUGAUGGAUCCCAGAAGACAACAAAGGAACAACUCAAUCUGUGAGCACAGCAAAUAACGAGGAAAUCUGACCCAAAGCGUGUCAUCUGACUGACUACAGUGCAUGUGGCCUCUUAAGUCGUUCAUUUGCUAGGCAGCUCAAGAGCCUACUGCUAUGCACUAUAAACUUGGAGACGUGAGCACUGGGGAUGCUGGGAGGUGCAGGCUCCUUUGCAGUACGACAGUCUCCCUAGUGAUAGGACUUCUGAUAGCAAUGGCUCGAAUUGUUGCUUCGGAACAGCAAAAUGCACAGGUGGAGAUGUUCACAAUUCAACUGGAGGCUUCCAUGCAGUCAUCUAUACUCUCUGAGCUCCAGUCUGCUGCUUUAGCCUUUGAGUCAUCGGUGAAGAAUGGGGGAGUACAGGCUGGCAUCCCUGACUCUUCAGCAAUUGUGGGCCAGGUGUUUCAGAUGAGGAUUCCACUGGUAUCUGACAAUGCAAGCUAUAAUCUCCAUCUUACUGAGAUGGGACAGCCAGCAUUACCAUCAUGGCUCUAUUGGGACAAAGGAAAUUGUAUUCUGAGAGGGUUGGCCCUGGAGCAAGAUAAAGGUGUGUAUCAUAUAUCUGUGUCUGGACAAGACAUGAAUGAGAAGACCGGCAGCCAAGAGUCCCCCAGUACGGUCUUCUCCAUUGAAGUAUACCCUGAGGAGCGGGCAGACACUGAACCAUCCCUGCUUGCGCUACAGUCUAAUAUCAGUGGCCUGCAGCCUUUCACUUGUGGCCCUGAGGAGCCUGUCACUGUCCUCACUGUCAUACUGGAUGCUGACUUGACAAAGAUGGUAGCUAAACAGAGGGUCAGUUUACUAACCAAUAUGAGAAAAUUCUCACAUGUCCCCAUUGAGCACAUGAGACUUGUACCUGUUGUGAACAACCGCUUAUUUGACAUGUCGGCUUUUAUGGCGGGACCAGGAAAUGCCAAGAAAGUGGUGGAGAACGGUGUUCUGCUGUCUUGGAAACUUGGAUGUGCCCUUGACCAGGGCAAUAUCCCUAACAUCAGCAUUGUCCAAUUCUCUGCAAAGGAUGGAACAAUGUCAGCCACACUGGCAUAUCCAGUGGUUGGCUGGCACAUUGUCAACAAAAAGCCCCAUGCAGUGAAACGUGUCAAACGGCAGUUGUACAACACUCCUACUCCAGUGCCCUCCCUGCUUCCGCCAACUAGUUAUCCAGAGCCACCUCUACGCAUUGUUCCGACCCCAACUUCACCCUCAAUUGCCCCAGCAACAGACCACUCUGCACCUCCUGUACGCGGCCCUUUACCUCUUCCUGUGAAGCCUACAAUGAGAGUUAGAGAUCAGAUUGCACAUACACCUGUUUUGGGUCCUCCCCAACCUACCAGGAUAUUGGGAUCGACAAGCACCAUGCCCAUCCAACCUACAAUGACCAGACCUACAUUUGUGGAAGCCACUGCUUUACCAACACUACCAAGCACCACUAAAAAACCUAAACCAUCUAGCACAAGAAAGCCGAAGAAACCUAAGACGUCAACACCUGCCCCCAGAGAACCCAAAUCUACCACAGCAAAACCACCAAAACGCACCACGCCUCUCUCCUUGUCUCCAGACUUGAAUCAGAUGCCAGAGAUCCGCAACCCAAUUGAUCAGGUAAAUGCAUGGGUUGGCACAUACUUUGAGCUCAAAAUUCCUCCUGAUACUUUCUUCGACAAAGAGGAUGGUACAACCGACAAGCUGCGUUUGAUUUUGAAGCAACCCUCCAAGGAGGCAGUCAGUGAAACGUCUUGGAUUCAGUUCAACAGCACCAUCCAGCUUUUGUAUGGACUUCCAGAAGAGCAGCACAAGGGCAAACACGAGUACUUCAUGCUGGCCACAGAUAAAGGUGGGAAAAGAGUCAUGGAUGCAUUUGAGGUUCAAGUAAACCAUUGGUCUACUAAUGAUAAACCACCAGUUGUUUUUUCCGCCCGUUUCCACGGUGACCCCAAAACAUUAAGCAGUGACAUCCAUAAAAAGAUUAUUUUGACAAAAAAGUUAGCUUACGCUCUUGGUGAUCGAAAUAGCAGCACAGUGACCCUACGAAGCAUCACUAAGGGCUCCAUUGUGAUAGAAUGGUCCAAUAACAGUCUCCAGCAAAAUCCUUGUCCUAAGGACCAGAUUACAGCUCUCAGCAACAGGAUUGCUGAUCCACAAGGGACACCAAAACCAGCUUUCGUUAAAGCCAUGGAGCCUGAAUUCAAACCCAUUAAUAUCUCUGUACGUGGCACAAACAAAUGUCAAAGAUACACCUUUAUACCACCAGGGGAGUUUCAGCCAAUCCCCGUUCUUCCUACAGCUACACCUUCCCCUGGGACCGGUCGUAGGAGCAGUGAUGACGUCUACCUGCACACCGUCAUCCCUGCAGUUGUGGUAGCAGCACUCUUAUUAUUUGCAGGUAUCAUCGCCAUGGUCUGUUACCGUAAGAAGCGCAGAGGAAAGAUGACCAUGGAGGAGCAGGCUACCUUCAUCAAAAAGGGAGUUCCCAUAAUAUUUGCAGAUGAGCUGGAUGAUUCUAAGUCCCCUCCUUCCUCCAGCAUCCCGCUUAUCCUUCAGGAAGAAAAGCCACCACUUCCUCCACCAGAGUACCCUAACAUGGCUGGACCCCACAGUACACUGCUAAACCAGGAUUUGUUGGAAGAGUAUUCUAUUUAUCAGGAUGAUGAUCCCAAUGCGCCUCCUUACCAACCCCCACCACCUUUUACUGUCCCCAUUGAAGGCAAAGGUUCUCGUCCUAAGAACAUGACCUCUUACAGGUCACCACCCCCUUAUGUUCCUCCCUAACACACAAUAUUCAUUCAUUCAGCUUGGAAUUCAGGUGCACUGUAGGGAAGCUUGUGGGGAAACUACUGACUACAGACGUAACUUUUCAUGGAUUUCAAUGCAGGCGACCAUACGUAUCGUUUGAUCAUCAUGGAUUAGAUAAAUCAACUUUCUCCUACCGGAACAGGCAAAAUACACGGCGAACAGUUUGUAAUUCCAUUACUCUUCCCUUCUUUUUUUGUUCUUCAGAUCUGCUUUUGACUUUCAAAUGCUUUGUCUGUAUUGCCCAGAAGAAGAGUCAAUUUUAUCUUCAAUGAUGUACUAUUUCUAUUGUAUAGAACAUAAUAGAGGAGAGCCUGAAGCCCACUGGGCCUUUUAGCAGAUGUUACCAUGACAACAGACUUGAGGCUCUCCCUUGCUGUGGUAUUAUUUGAGAGCUGUAUCACUCUUAUCUGUCUGUCAGCUUGGUUUACUAAGAUGUGGUACCUGUUAAUUCUAGAGGGCAGUUUAACACCAAAAGUCAAACUGAAAGCAUAUUAAUGUAGAAUAAUGAUUUAAUUAUAUGUUUUAUCCUAUAUUUUGCGGCUUCUUAACAGUCACCAACUUCACAUUCAUGUACUUGGCAGGCCACAUUUCCCACAGAAUUUACCAUUUAAAUUCAAUCAGAAACAUUUCAAAUUGCAUCGUAAAACUUUUAAUGAAAUAGUUUCUUCACAAGGGACAUUCCACUCAUGUCACCUGUUGUUGAUGUAGACUAAUUUAGUUAGAAACAAAAUAUAUAUAUUUUUAUUUUUAUUUUUGUGCCACUGAACUUGCCGUUUGAGAUGUUUUGUGUUUUUGCUGUGGUAACUGGUCAGGCAGACUGCUACGUCACAAUGAAGGGGCCAGUGGAAUGCUUCACAUCACAGUGUGACUAUUGAGCACAUGUAACACUCCUUUUUAAAAACAAAUAUGGUUUGUAUUUUAUUUCCAUUACCCUCCUAAAAGGGAACUGCACUCAUUUUGGAAUUUUGCCUAUUGCUUACAAUCAUUAUGAGAGACAUGAGUGCCCAAAAAACCCCUCUCGAUCACCAUUCUAAAACCGCCAACAAUACUCCAUUUACAUUUCGGGACUUGAAUAUUAACCAAGUAUUAUAAGCGCUAAUGCAGACAAACUAUUUAUAGCAGUGCUGUGAUCACUAGCUCUCUUAGUCUGCAGUAAAUGGUAAUCAGUGCUGUUGUUGAAGAAAAAAGCGAACGUUGUGAUGUUUUUUUGAAAUUGAUCUCCGCUUUUGCUUAAAAUGAGCAAAAUAACAUAAGUAUCACAUCUUAUUAUAAAUGUGCCUGUUACUACAUGACAUAUAUACUUAAUGGAGGUGUCUACAUGUUUUUUAAGGGCUUUAUAGGCAAAAUUGUGUAACUCCCAUUGACUCCAUUUUAACCAGACUUUUUAUGGCAUUUAUUUACGAGUUAGAAUGCAUGAAAAGAGAAACACCGAUUGCGAUUGUCUUCUCAAAUAACUGUUAAAAAAUUUUGUGUUCGGACAAAUCUUUAGUUGUUUUUUACACACAAAAAAUGUCAGAACACAAUCAUUUUGAAAUAUAGAAAAACGUGUGCCAGGAUUGUGAAUAAUAGGCAAAAUAAAAUAAAAAAGUGCAGGUCCCCUUUAAGUAUGUAUUUUGCACUGAUUGUAUCCAUUAUUGUUUUUUUUUUUCCUUUUCUAAAAGGAACAUCCUGCUUUUAAAUCAUGACAUACUCACAUUGAAAAAAAUGUUUUUACCAUUUUUGGGCCAAACCAUUUAUCUAAUCUAAGUGUGAUACAGUUAAAAGAAUACAUUAUAAAUCAAAUCAGACUUAUUUGGACACAAAAUAGAUAUGUUUAGCCUAAUAUAAAUAAACUCAACCUGUCAGUGUCGCAACUUUGCAUUCAGUUGCUACGCAGACAAGAGGGCCUGCAGGGCCAUGACUUUUCCCCGAGGUAUUGCAUAUAGGGAUGUAAAUAAUUGUGUGCCUGUGAAAUAGAAAAAAGAACAAACUCAAUAAUGUUAGUGUUUUACCAGUCAACCGGUUGGGAACCGAAAGGCCACAAUGUGAAAUGAUUUUAUUUUUUGAUUGUAUGUUUAGAUUUAUAAUCACUAGUGUGCAAUGGUUAAUUCAACGUUUACCUACCCACUACAAAGAAAUAGCAUCAUCUGAACAUGAUUGCAACAAAUAUGUGAAUUAUGUGCAUUUCAUACCUGAUAUCACCAUUAUAAAAAUGUAAAAAAAAAUCUAAUGUUUUUACUGAGUUUUUAUACAGUCUUAAACUUGUUUUAUGAAGGUAUAUUAAUAAAAUGUAUUACUAUUUGUAAAGCCUCAAAA